ACAGAGCAUCAGUGCCGCUCACAGUGAGAGCCAGAGAGACUCAGCGCGAGCAGAACGUCACUGUCACCGCGAUUCCUCUGAUUAAAGACUCUCAGAUCCUCCUCAGAACAUCCUCCUGCAGCACGGACCCGCAGCCGGACCUGUGCUGUUCGGUUAAACCCGCGGAACAGAGCUCUGGGUCUGACCGAGCCGCCGGAGCGCCGCGCACCGAGCCGCGUGUCCCCGAUCCCGGGCAGAGUUCAGCUAUGGUGGACACACAGAUGUUUUCCUGGCCCAUGGGAUUUGGCCUGAGCACCCUGGACCUGGAGGAACUGGACGACAGCUCGCACUCUCUAGACAUGAAGCCUUACUCCACGCUGGACUACCCAACCAUCUCGGGCGCGGAGUACGAGCCCAGCCCGCCCCAGAGCGAAAUGACACACAUGAUGGACCUGACGCACAUGUACAGCUACCGAGCCCAGGAGGCCAGCUACAGAACCCUGGAUGCCAAUUACAGAGCACAUGAGAACAGCUACAGAACACACGAGGACAACUAUAGAACCCAUGAGAACAACUAUAAAAGUCAAGAGAACUAUAGAACCCAAGAAAGCAACUAUAGAACCCAUGAGAACAACUAUAGAACCCAAGAGAACAACUAUAGAACCCAAGAGGAAAACUACAGAGCUCAGGAGAGCAGCUACAGAAUGCAAGAAACCCAAAGUUCUAUAAAGCUUGAGCCCGAGUCUCCUCCGCAGUACGCAGAACACAGCCUGUCCUUCUCCAAACUGCAGGACGACCCGUCCGCCUCUGUGCUGAACAUCGAGUGUCGGGUCUGCGGGGACAAGGCCUCGGGCUUCCACUACGGAGUCCACGCCUGCGAGGGCUGCAAGGGAUUUUUCCGCCGAACAAUUCGUCUAAAGCUAGUCUACGACCACUGCGACCUCCACUGCCGCAUCCACAAGAAGAGCCGCAACAAGUGCCAGUACUGCCGCUUCCAGAAGUGCCUGAUGGUGGGCAUGUCACAUAAUGCCAUUCGCUUUGGCCGCAUGCCCCAGGCAGAGAAGGAGAAGCUCUUGGCCGAGUUCUCCACCGACAUGGACCACAUCCACCCCGAGGCGGCCGACCUGAGGGUCCUCGCCAAGCAUCUCUAUGAGUCCUAUCUCAAGAACUUCCCCCUCACCAAAGCCAAGGCCAGAGCCAUCCUCUCAGGCAAGACCAGCGAUAAUGCUCCUUUUGUUAUCCACGAUAUGAAGUCCUUGGCAGAGGGGGAGCAGUUCAUCAACUGCCGGCAGCUUCCCCGACAGGAGCAGCGCCGGACCAGCAUGGGCCUGAUUCAGUCAGAACUGCAAUGUGAGCUGGAGCUUCGCUUCUUCCGCAGCUGCCAGUCGCGCUCGGCCGAGGCGGUCAGCGAGGUCACAGAGUUCGCCAAGAGCAUCCCGGGCUUCGUCAACCUGGACCUGAAUGACCAGGUUACACUGCUCAAGUACGGCAUGAUCGAGGUCCUCAUCAUCAUGAUGUCGCCACUCAUGAACAAGGACGGCACGCUGAUCUCCUACGGCCAGAUCUUUAUGACCCGUGAGUUCAUCAAGAGCCUACGCAAGCCUUUUGGUGAGAUCAUGGAGCCCAAGUUCGAGUUCUCAGUCAAGUUUAACAUGCUGGAGCUGGACGACAGCGACAUGGCGCUCUUCCUGGCCGUUAUCAUUCUCAGUGGAGAUCGCCCAGGCUUGCUGAACGUGAAGCCCAUUGAGGUUCUGCAGGAAAACGUUCUCCACUCUAUGGAACUCCACCUGAAGAUGAACCACCCCGACUCGCUCCAGCUCUUCGCCAAAGUGCUGCAGAAGAUGACGGAUCUGCGGCAGCUUGUCGCCCACCAUGUGCAGGUGAUGCAGCUGAUGAAGGAGACAGAGAUUGACAUGUGUUUACACCCACUCUUGCAGGAGAUCAUGAAGGACUUGUACUAGGCUGUGGUUUAGCAGCCUGAGCCAGAACUGUAGUGAUAGCGCAUCGAGGGUUUGUUUGGGUUGUCGUUUUAUCUUUUUUUUUCUUUCGGUGAAGAAGAUGAGCCUCCACUGACAGCAAGAAAAGAACUCAUCUGGUCGGCAGCGAGAACUUAUGCAGUUAGACAAAGCAGGGGAUUCUUCGAUAAUGAGAGAGAAAAUAUCAGCGCAAUAUCAGUUCUGACAAAAUUCUGUCAAGAAAUAAAAUGAACCGUACUCACAUGUAUUCAGACUGGAGCUGCCAGGAGGAGACGACAUAAGAGACCCGGACAUGUAAAAAUGGGAAUUUUCGAAGCAACUUACUGUAAUUAAUGUUAUCACUGCUUGCAGCAGCAGGUGACCUUUUCCAAACUUUACAAACUGUACAAACUUUGAUAUAAAAGGAGAUGAGAUUUUUUGUCAUAAAGAAGGUUUUUACUGAAAAUUGAAGAUGUGAUACUUUUUAUUCCUAGAAUAAUCCCAGAUUGUCUUACACUGCCUUUUAAUCUUUGCUAAAUAGGUAAAAUAAGUGUUAUCUGUGUACAUAAGAGAAUGUCACAUGUUUGCUUUUGUUUUACGUUUGUAUUGUUCAAAAAAAAAAAGGAAUUUAUUAUAUUUCAGAGAUUUAAUUUUUAUUUUUAAAAUAAAGAACACCUUUAUAAAAUGUAUGUAAAUAUGAUGAAAGUACAAAGAAAAAGAUUAAAUGGCUCCCUCUGUCCUGGGUUUGGUCAUAGUUGUUUUACAUUGAAAACGUAUAAUAAAAUGUAAAUGAAUAUUUUCAAGAUA